UUCUAAAAGAUAUCUAUAAAUUUAUUGGUGCUUCUCUAGUCGAAGAAUAAUGUAAGUUCGUCUACCACAUUUUUCCGAUCAAGUACAUCAUGUCCUCCGCUAGCAAGAAGCAGGGGACCAGGGUGUUUAAGAAGGGAUCCCCCAACGGGAAGAUAACGGUGUACCUGGGGAAAAGGGAUUUUGUGGAUCACGUGACGCAUGUUGAUCCAAUUGAUGGAGUAGUUCUAGUUGAUCCAGAAUACUUGAAGGACCGGAAAGUGUAUGGACAUGUACUUGCUGCUUUCCGGUACGGUCGGGAAGACCUGGAUGUUCUGGGACUUACUUUUAGAAAGGAUUUAUAUCUAGCGUCCUCUCUCAUCUACCCUCAGGAGGACAAGGAGAAUACAAAACGUCCUCUAACUCGACUUCAGGAAAGGUUAAUGAAGAAACUAGGAGAUAAUGCUUAUCCAUUUUUCUUUGAGCUGCCACCUCAUUGUCCUGCUAGUGUUACACUACAACCAGCUCCAGGGGACACAGGAAAACCUUGUGGGAUUGAUUACGAAAUGAAGGCCUAUGUAGGGGACUCAACCGAAGACAAGCCACACAAGCGAAACUCUGUCAGACUUGCAAUAAGAAAGGUAUAUUCACCACAUUAUUUACCCUUCCCUCCAAUACACGUGUCGAAAGAGUUUAUGAUGUCUCCUAACAAACUCCACCUGGAGUGCAGUCUAGAUAAGGAGCUCUACUAUCACGGAGAAACUAUCUCCGUUAAUGUUCAUAUUCAGAACAACUCAAAUAAAGCAGUCAAGAAACUGAAGGUGUCUGUUCGACAGUUUGCAGACAUCUGUCUCUUUUCUACAGCACAAUAUAAAUGCACAGUCGACGAGAAGGAAAGUGAGGAUGGUUUCCCCCUUGGGUCAGGGUCAACGCUCAGUAAAGUUUAUGAGCUGAAACCUCUUCUAUCUAACAACAAGGACAAGUGGGGACUAGCACUGGAUGGACAGUUAAAGCACGAGGAUACUAAUCUGGCGUCUUCAACUCUUAUUCCAGAUCAGAGUAGUAAAGAAAACCUGGGAAUCAUUGUACAGUACAAGGUAAAAGUGAAACUUUAUCUGGGACCUUUAGCAGGAGAACUUGUAGCAGAACUACCCUUUACACUCAUGCAUCCGAAGCCUGAGCCGGAUCCUGACAACAAACCUUGCACUGAUAAGUCCAGUUCUAGUCCGAAUAUUGCUGAAGAUGCGGGGGAUGAACCCGCCGAAAUUCCAGUGGAUACAAACCUGAUUCAGCUGGAUACUGAGGAUACUAACAACCCAACCUACGCAGACAAUGACGACGACUUGAUAUUCGAGGAUUUUGCUCGACUCCGGCUGAAGGGCGAGACCGAGGCGUGAGCGCUGAGGGCGAGAGUUUUUGCAUUUUCUCAAAUUAAAUUUUACUGAACCGCCCCCCCCCCCUUCUAAAAACUAAUGUUUUUUUGUCGGGUAGCUUUAGCUGCAUGACCAGAAUAGUUAUAUUUCAACUCCUCGUUCCCUCUAAACCCUACACUCGUAUUGUCGCAAAUAUUUUUUACAAGAUGUUGAUUUAAAAAUGGCGUAAUG